CUGUGCCUGAGUGUGCAGGCGGCCAUCCAGUCCCAGCUGGACGGGGUGCGGACGGGCCUGACCCAGCUGCACAGCGCCCUGCUGGACGUCCAGGACAUCCAGAGCUCUCUGGGGGACGUGAGCAAGGACUGGAGGCAGAGCAUCAACACCAUCGAGAGCCUGAAGGACGUGAAGGACGCCGUGGUGCAGCACAGCCAGCUGGCCUCCGCCGUGGAAAACCUGAAGAACAUCUUCUCUGUCCCUGAGAUCGUGGCGGAGACGCAGCUUCUGAUCGAGCAGGGCGAGCUGCUGCAGGCCCACAGGAAGCUUCUGGAGCUGGAGAGCUCCCGGGACGACCUCCUGUACGAGCAGUACCGCAUGGACAGGAACGCCUCCGACAUGAACCUCAUCUCCAUUUACUUCGAGGACGUGCUGGAGGGAACCGUGAGCACGCGUAUUGAAGGAACCCAGUCGGUGACCAGGGAGGCGGAUAAGAUGUGGCUGGUUCGGCUUCUGGAAAUCACCAGGAAGUACGUCCUGGACGACCUGGUGGUUGUGAAGAACCUCAUGGUGCAGUGCUUCCCCCCCCACUACAACACCUUCAACAGGUUUUUCAGCCUCUACCACAACGCGGUGUCCAGUCGGGUGAAAGAACUGGCCUCCGAGGACCUGGAGGCUAACGAGAUCGUGUCUCUGCUCACCUGGGUCCUGAACACCUACAAGAGUGUGGAGAUGAUGGGCCACCCGGACCUGUCCUCUGAGUGUGACAUUAACCUCCUGGAGCCCCUUCUGCCCCAGGAGGUGGUGGACGGGCUGCUCAGCAAAUACGUGCAGACCUUCACAUCCAACAUAACCGGCUGGCUGCGCAAGGCCCUGGAAACGGAUAAAAAGGACUGGAUGAAGGACACGGAGCCCGAGGCCGACCAGGACGGAUAUUACCAAACCACGCUGCCCGCCAUCGUCUUCCAGAUGUUUGAGCAGAACCUGCAGGUGGCUGCUCAGAUCGAUGGAGACUUCAAAGAGCAGGUCCUGAAGCUGUGCCUCAAACAGAUGAACUCUUUCCUCAUCAGGUACCGGGAGGAGGCGGUGGCCUAUAAGGAGGAGCACCUGAGGGACAGGCAGCUGCCCCAGUGCUACGUCCAGUACAUGAUCGCCAUCAUCAACAACUGCCAGACCUUCAAGGAGUCCAUCAGCAGCCUGAAGAGGAAGUACUCCGGCUCCGCCCUGCCCGCCGACGCCUCCAUCGACCGCACGCUCAGCGAGGUCGCCACGCAGGGCUGCCAGUUCCUGCUGGACGAGGUCUUCCUGGACCUGGAGCACCACCUGAGCGAGCUGCUCACCAGGAAGUGGCUGGCGGCGUCCCACGCCGUGGACACCAUCUGUGUGACCGUGGAGGACUACUUCAACGACUUCAACAAGAUCAAGAAGCCCUUCAACCAGGAGAUGACCAACGAGGCGCUGCGCAGGGUGGUGGUGGAGUACGUGAAGGCCGUCAUGCAGAAGAGGAUCACCUUCAAGAACGCGGACGAGAGGCGGGAGGGCGCCGAGAGGAUGAUCAAAGAGGCCGACCAGUUCAAGUUCCUGUUCCGCAGGCUGGCCGCGUCCAUCUUCAGAGACAUCACCGUGCCCACCAUCACCAUGACGACCAUGACUUCCAUGGCAACCGGGAAGCUGCUCAAAUAG